CGUCCCGUCACGUCCCCUCCAGAACUGGACGGUCUGGACACGGUCAGCGAGCUGACUCUCGGACCGUGCCGAUGGGACCGUCCUUUGGGUUGUUCGGCGAGUUGACUCACGCGCAUCCCGGUGUUGGGCUCAAGCGCUCGGCCCCAGCGCCACCGGCGACCGCGCCCCAAGUCCAUAUGAAACACGGAACAGAAGAGGAUGCGCUUGGCAUGGCUCCUCGUCUUCGCGUGGCGUCUGCACACGUACGGGCAGAGCUGCGAGCUGAGUGAGCAUUUAGAUGCCUUGGAACUCGUGGAAGAGUCGGAACCUCUUGACCUCCACAGUCUGCGCUUGCUUCAGGUGCAACAGACGCUGACGCAGGGGAACGUCAGCACGGCCAUGGCACCACGGAAUUCGACUGGACUCACCCAGCAAGGUUCCGGGUCAGCUUCCCGGCCGCUGAAAAACUUCACUCGGUUCAUCCAUGCGCCCAACAUGCGUUGGGCUAUCCUAGCGCUGGGUUUGGCGGUCUGGAUCAUGUUGGGCUCAUUGGUCUUGGGCCUUUGGUAUCUUUGUCGUCAACGGCAGAAAGACGAACCUUCUAUGGCCUUCAAGGUCACCUGUGCAAGCUUCGUAGUGCUGGCCGCCAUGGCCGCCAGCUGGCUUGCAAUGUGGUACUUCGCGGGUGCGCUGAUGAAAAAAUGGCUGAUGGAGUAUGAUGUGGCCUUCUUGGGGGUGGAUGUUUCGGUGGACCGGAUCGUCUUGAACCCUUGGUUUGGCACGCUCUUGGCCACCAAUCUGACCAUCGGCAACCCGCCUGGCUACACCUCUCAGCACUUGGCACACGUCCAACGUCUCUUCAUCAAUGUGGACAUGGGCAGUCUGGUGAAGUCUCUCGCCCAUAGGCUUUCAGUGGAUCGAAUUGACCUCACUGGUGUGGACGUGGUCUACCAGCGCUCUUGGAGCACCUUGAACCUCGAGGAGCUGAUGAAGCGGUUGGGUGCUGGUGAGGGUGGUGGAGCUGCUGCGGCCCCUCGCGGCUCCCACUCUUGGCACCUGGAUCUGCAAGUGCACCAGGUGAACACGUCCGAUGUCUGGGUUCACGUCUCGUGGCAAGCAGAAGGUCUUUUUGAGGACCUGAGAAGGGACCUGACCGAUAUAUGUUUAUAUAAGAAAGCCAAAUCAGAGAUAGCUUCUUGUUACGAACAUAGCGACUCUAGCCCUUGUUACUAGAUUCACGAUGCACUUGUUACUAUGCAGAAAGGACACGUCCGUCUCGGCUUUGGACCCUUGGAAGCUUUGUCCUCGUGGCAUGCCGGUGGCAUGCCGAUGGCUUGACCCAACACGGCCGGCAGAACGCGAUCAGCUCCGUGAGCUCCGUGAGCUCCGUGGUGGUCACAGCCAGUUUGCAGAAUGAAGGAUCGUUUGUCUUGGGGUUUGGAAGCCCCUGGCGGUUCCGGCCUUUCUCCGUGUUCCCAACGUGCUUGGUCAGGUUUCGUUGGGUUUCGACCCAUUUGCAGCUCCUCUCUGGUGGGUUUGACAGAGGAGUCGCUUGAACACCUGGUACACCUGGUACACGUCGGGUCCUGUCAGGUCAUGGUAAGAAGCACUCAAAAGCCCCGAUGGGAUGCAGGAUCCGAGCAGAGCUCAGUCGAUAAAACAACGCCCCACCACUGGCUGGGACCAACUGGCUGGGACUCAUACGUAGAGAAUCGGAUUAGACCUGCUUUGACUGGUCUAGAACUUGGAGUUUUACGUGUUUGGGUCGUUGGGACAAAACCUGGCACCAUUGGACACCAAAGGUUGAAGGGCCUUGUUGAGCUUCUGACUUCGGCAGGGCCUCAUGACAUCACUAAGUUUCCUUUAAGGACUCACAGCGGACUCGUCUUUGCCAAGUAGUGAUACAAACUGGGCACACGCUGACAUGGAAUGGGGAAUUGCUGCCCAAGCAGUCCAGUUUCCUUUAUUUUUGACAGACUCUUUACAUGGUUGUCCUGAAUCAUCCUUAAUGACUCUUGACUCACAACUCGUCGUCCCACGCGCGUCCCAGCCUCGGCCGUUGCGCUUCUGCCCAGGCAGACGUCUAUCCGAUGACCUCUGGAGUCUCGCUGGCCGUACCCAACCUCGCCUGGAAGGACUUCGAGGAGGAGGUGAAGCCCCGUUCCCACGACGAAGCCGUAGUGGUCGUGCUGGCCACUGUCCUCAGCAACGCCAAGCGUGUGCUGGGUCUUUGAGCAGGGCAGUCAAUGCGUGGGGCAGCCUUUUGAUCGCAUCCGAUGCGGGAGAAGCACUGAGCAUAUCGAGGGGCUUACUUGUCGUCUCAUAUAGUUUUUCAUUUUCUUCUUGACCAGCCUCCGGAGUUCGCCGCGUGUCUCAACCGGUGGCUCAGACGAGUUUGCAAGGACUCUAGGGAGUCCCCCUUUGAGGGGUGGCAGAAAAGGAGUAGCUAGCUGUAGCUAUACAGACUUUCUGAAAAACCUGGGAAAACAAAAGCUCA